CGCUGCAGCGGUCAGCGAGCGCGAGGGUGCGAUAACAGCAGCGGCGGCUCUGUCUGGAGCUCACACUGUAAAUUACAGAAGCCCCCUCCUCUGGAAGACGGUGUUUCUCCCAUUAUGGGCGACAAGAAAAGCCCAUCCAGGCCAAAAAGACAAGCCAAGCCCUCUGCAGACAACGGAUUUUGGGACUGUAGCGUCUGCACCUUCAAAAACAGUGCAGAGGCAUUCAAAUGCAGUAUAUGUGAUGUGCGGAAAGGUACAUCUACAAGAAAACCUAGGAUAAACUCUCAACUCGUGGCACAGCAGGUCGCUCAACAGUACGCCUCUCCUCCCCCAGCCAAGAAAGAAAGAAGAGAGAGAACAGACAGAGACCUGCCUGACGACGAACACUUUGACAUGGACAACUCCGAUUCGGACAGACUCAGCAGUCUCCACCCCGACUCUGACCAUCCAGAGAGAUUAGGUCUGGACGGGGUACAGCUGGACAGAGGACAUUCUCAUAAGGAGCGGAAACAGGACUGUGGGCUGGACAAGCACCAGCAGCUCGAUACAGACAUACGGCCUGAGAGAGCAGGACUGACCCAGGACCUGCUGCAGCACAAUGGGACAGACAGAGAGCACACGGACAGAGCAAUGCUGGACAAACUGCAGCUUCAUCAAGAGGAUGUGGAUAAAGACCAUCUCCAAACAGCAGGAUCUGGGAUGCAGCUGGAAGAAAGGAUGGGUGCAGAGAGAGAGGAACUCAAAAAGGGAAAGAUAGAAAGAGCCAUGAUGGAGAAACCCAAAGAAAGACAUAAAAGCCUCACCCCAUCUAAAAAACCCAAUGCAAAGAAGAUAAAACCCAAACUCAUUCAAAAAGGCCCAGCUGGUGACAGCAACGUAAUGAAGCCUGGCAAGUCUGUCACGAAGAAUAACAAAUCUAUUAUUUCACGACCUAAACUGAAGAACAUAGACAGGAGCUCUGCUCAGCAGCUCGCUAUAACCGUGGGCAAUGUGACUGUAAUCAUCACUGACUUUAAGGAGAAGACUCGCUCCUCGUCCACCUCCUCAUCCACUGUCACAUCCAGUGCUGGCUCUGAGCAGCAGCACCUGAGCUCCAGCUCGGAGAGCACAGACAAGGGCUCCUCCCGCGCCUCCACCCCUAGAAGAGACCACUCAACUGGCCAUAACGAGACCCUGUGAAGCCUGAGGAGAUUCAGAUGCCACAAUUUCGCUUCACAAGACCUGGAGCUCCUACAGCCACAGAUGUAACUGUAAUACUCACUGUAUGUGGAUGAGGGAUCUUUCCAACCCAUUUAGACAAUGCCCAUCCUGACACACAGGCAGACGUUACCUGUUAAAAACCCUCGUGGAACACCUUGUAGAUUGAUGUGUUGAUGUUAAUGUGAGUCACCUUCACACCGAGACCCACAGUAUAUUCUGUGUCAUACUCUUACCAGAUAUAAUCCCUAUUUGUGCAUCACAGAAAUCAGCACUCCAAGUUUGCAUUAUUAUUUUUCAUCGUCAUGAAAUCGUGCAGACGGCUGCUUUGACUUUGUGUUUAGAACUUAGAAUUGUUUAUGCUAAAUGUAUCUGAGCUUCUUUCUCCAACUCAGAGUCAAUGAUCUGUUGCCACAGCUGUGUGUAGAAAGUGAGGCAUCAACGAAAAGAUCACGCUGUAUACCACCUUGUAAAGGGAGAUUUCUUCCCCCACAAGGCCAACUUUGAAAUCCAUACAGCGUACCAUGUAGACAUGUUUUGUUGUUCACAAGAUAAUAAGAGAGUAUUUAGAAUAUUGUUCUUUAUCUUUCUCUGUUUUUAGGCUUAAAACCUUUGCAUAUUUCUUGUAAAAUUAUAUCAGGAUUCACCACACUGUCUUUUAUUCAAUGUAAUGGGAACGAAAUAACUUUGAAAAGUGUGCAUAGAGAUCUAUUUGUGACAAUUUGAAGAGUUCAUCCAGCAUAUAAAUCACGGUUUACUCUACUUAAUGAUGAUCAACCAGAUCUCUACUGAAAUUUGGUCAACUCAGUCACAAAAACACUUUGAAUAUUCAAUUGUGUAAUUUAUGGGAUUCAAGUAUUCUGAGAGUUGCGAUUCAACUAUUGUACAAUUGGCUUCUUGCCCAUACAAAAAGUUUAGCACAGGUUUACUCAUUCUGACCUUUGUUAAAAAUUAGUUAUGAAGCUAAUAAAACCUUUUUAAACUCACUGUUGUCUCAAAGCAUCUUAAAAAUAUUGAUCAUUUGGUUGGCAUUGUAAUCUUUCCACAAGUGGUUCUGUUUAAAUGUAGGGCCAUUAACUACAGUAUGACUUACUGUGUUUAGAUGGUUAGAUUCAAACAAACAAAACCAAAAAAGGGGGGUAACGCUUACAAGGUUCCAUUUUUAACAUUAGUUAACACCAUUAGUAAACUUGCACUAACAAUGAACAAUACUUUUACAGCAUUUAUUUAUCUUAAUUUCAACAUACUAAUAUAUUUUUUAAAAAAAAUUGUAACAUUAGUUAAUGCAUUAUGAACUAACAAUUUUUAUUAACUAACGUAAACCAAGGCUAAUAAAUGCUGUAAAACAUACAGUAUAUUUUUCAUUGUUUGUUCACGAUACCUAAUGCAUUAAUGUUAACAAAUGGAACCUUAUUGUAAAGUGUUACCGAAAAAAGUUUAACAAAUUAUUGUCGAUUGAAACAUCUAUGUUUGAGGCAGUAAAUGAUAUUGUGACUUAAGUUUGUAGCAUGUAUUUCAGACAAAUUGACCGUGUUCCCCUAAUUACAAUGUAUUUAAUGAUCAUUUGUUUACAGGUCUCUUUAUCCAAAAUUUCAUUGCGGUUUCUUUCUAUCUCACUGCAAGAUGUCCAUUGUAUCAAUGUCUUGUGAUCCAAUCCAAAGUGUCUUAUAUUGUGGUUUUAAAAAUGGUGGACCUUUAGCUACAGGUGCUUAUACCUAAUAAAUAAUACGAUUUACAAAAAGUAGAACAUGAUACUGGAUCAAAUUCACUUUGUUGUUCCUUAAACAACAUUAAUCUAUGAACCAUCAGAACCCUAACCCUCCCCUAAAAUCAAAGGUUUCUGGAAGACAUUCUCCCUGGUGCCAGUUUACAAGAAUAGGUCUUAGGUCCUGAAAUGAUUUUAUACUAUACUACUGUACCUAUGACAUCAUCUGAUGAAGAUGAAGAGGAUUGUCUUGGCCCACCUCAGAGUCCAGGUGAACACUGCACUGGACAUCCUGUAAUUUACCUGUACUGCAACUUCACAAGUUUCA